AUGACUAUCGCAGGAAGAGGAAAAGGUGGCAAAGGAUUAGGAAAAGGAUCGGCCAAAAGACAUCGAAGGGCAACUCAACAGGCAAUGGGUAUUUCCAAGCCAGCAAUUCGUCGGUUAGCGCGUAGAGGUGGUGUGAAGCGGGUCAGUGCUGGAGUGUACAGUGAGAUCAACACGAUGGCCAAGACUUACUUAGAAGGUAUCAUUCGGUGUGCAGUGACUUACUGCAACCACGGUAAGAGAAAGACUGUCUCUUGCCAGGACGUGCUCUACUCGCUUAAGAAGCAAGGAGUUACUUUGAUUGGAUUUGGAUCAACUCGAUAA